CGUGUCUUUACGAUCAGUCGACUGUUUGACUUGACUAGACAGUGUUUCUCGCGUGUGUUAAUAUUACCUCGCGAAUUAUUUGUUUAGUGAUGCAAAAAAUAUGACAGCAUAUAUUUUCACUUGUGAUUUGUUCUUAUAAGUUCGUAAACCUAAAUUUGUCUGAUAAGAGAGUAAGUGUUUGAAUUUGAAGUGUCACGUAUUAUAGUUGACUAUCACGCGUUUUGUUUUUGGUGAACGCAUGAAUAUCUAAAUGAUUGAAAGAACUUUAAGAAUGUCUCAUUAUCUAGCUGAAUUCGUGUGGAAUGGAAUGGGGUACUGUUUGUUGAACGAAAGAACUGCUUCUGCCGUAAGUCUGUGAUCAUCUGUUGCUAUGGAAACAAGGAGCAUUCUCAUUUCAAAGAGGUACUGUUUGUUGAACGAAAGAACUGCUCCUGCCGUAAGUCUGUGAUCAUCUGUUGCUAUGGAAAUAAGGAGCAUUCUCAUUUCAAAGAGGUUUCAAAGGAGGAGUUAGAUGAAGCAUAAAAUUCCCAAUUUUCCCCCUUUUUUAACAAUUCAACUUGAAGGAAUCACACGAAGUUGCAGCAGAAUCUGAAUGGCGUCAGACAUGGGUUGAGAUAAAUGCGGGGUAUUCUCUAUCGUGGUGAGCAACAUGUUUAUCAUGAGCCUAGCAGUGGCUGAUCUUACAGUGGGUCUCGUUGUGAUGCCUAUCAGCUCGGCCUAUGUCCUCAUGGGAAAAUGGCGAUUCGGACUGGCCGUAUGCCAGUUUUGGUUGUCAGCCGAUUACUCGGCUAGCACAGCGUCCAUCCUCAAUUUACUGGUGCUCAGUCUGGACAGGUACUGGUCGAUCUCCCGACCUCUGGAGUACCUGAGGAGGAGGAGUAAAAAACGUGCACUAGUUGUUAUUACAAUUGUGUGGAUUGGUUCCUUCCUGUGGUUAGUUCCUAUCAUUGGCUGGCAUCAAUUUUUCGCAGAUGGUGUAAGAAAGCAACCUACGGAUGUCUGUGAGACAGAGUUUGCGGACAACGUAGUUUUCAAGUUGACCACUUCCACUAUGAACUUCUAUUGUCCGAUGGUAGCCAUGAUUGUCACAUACGCACGAAUAUACAUGCAGAUAAGGAAGAGAGCUCGGUCCGAGGUGAUGAACAGAUGCAGUGACAUCAGACCGGAUUCUGUUUCCAGCUCAGAGCCGCAACCCAUUCGUUACGCCAUAGCUGCUCAAACACCAGUGAAUAGGGGAAAGAAAGAUCGUAAAAAGAAGAAGAAAGACGCGAAACUGUCUCCGGAUAUACCACUGCCACGAGAACACUGUCAAGAACAAAUUCCAACUCCGUGCAAUGCUUCGUGUGAUGGUUAUGGGGCAGCAACUGUAAAUACCGAUACCAGAUGGCGCUGCAAUAUGUGUGGUGCUACGCAGAAAGCUGUUGAGGAGUGGCCAUGGGCAUGCCCUCAACCAGAUGAAACAAGGAUGAUGCAGAAGACUCCAUCAGAGGAAGAUUCUUCGAGUGGAAGUCAAGAAAAUGGAACAAAAGUGAAAAAGAUCAGAGUGUCAAGAAAAUGUAAAAACUCUGGCAUCCAACUGACAACUCCAACAAACGGCGCAAAAGAUAUCCAUUUGCAAGUCCCCCAACUACAGAACAACGCCCCACCCAGUCGAAGUUCCAGCUUUCGUAUUCUUUGCGGAGCUACCAGAGGUGUUCUGAGGAGACCUUCUUCGAGGCGCAGCGUUGCCAGCCUCCGGCAAGAGACAAAAGCUGCCAGGCAGUUGGGCGUCAUCAUCGGCGCAUUUGUACUGUGUUGGUUGCCUUACAUGAUACUUUUCGUUGUGACUGCCGCGUGCGAGAAAUGCCUCGGCCCCGGUGUCCACACGGCAGCCAUAUGGCUGGGUUAUUUCAACUCAACUGUCAAUCCUGUGAUUUAUGCCUUGUGCAAUGCGAGCUUCAAGCGGGCAUUCUGGAAAAUCGGUUCCCGUUUUUCAACAGGAUGGAAAAGAAAAAGCCGAAGACGUAAUAAUGAUUUUGCAUCUGAAAACAAUCCUUUUGCUUGAGAAAUACUGUCGAUUAGUAUUUAAUUGUGCACAAUAUACAGUCCUUGGACAAAUGAUUGGAU